AGGAGGAAGUGGAGAUGGAGGAGGAAGUGGAGAUGGAAAAAGAAGAAGAGGGCCUCUCCAUCCCAAAUCUGUGUUUUUGUUGCUUCUGCAGUGCCAGGCCUGGCAUGAAAGAGAAGAUAGCAAGAUGGAAGGCGGAUAAGGAAGUGAAGAAUAUGGAUGAGAAUGUGCAAGAAAAUGAAAAGAUUUGUAUCGAUUUAACACUGGAAAGCUCCUCAGAUGAGGAGGAGGAUGAGAACAUCUCCAACCUGGAUUCAUGUAAUUGUCGCCUGUGCAGGGCCAGUCCUGCCGUGAAACUGAAGAUAGAAAAAUGGAAGGUGACCCCGAAGAUGAACAAUAUGGAUGAGAAUGUGAAUGACAAUGAAAAUGUUUUUAUUGAUUUAACAUUGGAAAGCUCGGAUGAGGAGGAGGAAGCCGAGAACAUCUUCAUACCAAAUGUGUAUUGUCACAUCUACAAGGCCAGUCCUGGCACGAAAGAGAAGAUAGCAAAAUGGAAGGCGGAUCAGAAGGUGGACAGUAUGGAUGAGAAUGAGCAGGAAAAUGAAGACGUUUUCAUUGAUUUAACAUUGGAAAGCUCCUCGGAUGAGGAGGAGGUGAAGAACUUAUGUUCCUGCUACCUCUGCAGGGCCAAUAAUGGCGUGAAUGAGCAGAUAGCAAAAUGGAAGGAGGAUCAGAAUGAAAACAAUAUGGAACCGAAUGAGGAAGAAAAUGAAGAGAUUUUUAUUGAUUUAACAUUGGAGAGCUCCUCAGAUGAGGAUGAGAAGAUCUCCAACCCGAAUCUGUACAACCUGUGCUCUCACGGGGCCAACAAUGGCAUUGUUAAAGAGCCAACAGAGGAGGCUAAGGAGCAGGACAUGAAUAAGGACGAAAAGGAUGACCAAGAGGAAGAUGAAUGUUUCAUUGAUUUGACAUUGGAAUCCUCCUCAGAUGAGGAGCAGGAGCAACUCCCCGCCCCAGAGCUAUGUUCCUAUCCCCCCUACGGAGAUUUCAAUGAUUACUGAGCAUUAGCUGCUAACUGCCCCAUUUAAGGGAGGCUACCCUUGGGGAGAAACCUAUGUUUCAGUCUCCCAAAGCCUAAAUUAUCUUCACUCUUUUUGCUCAAUUGCUGCUGCUGUUCAAGAUUUGGAUGGAGUUGGAACCCUGGUUGGAAUUGAAUUCUUCUCACUGCUUCUUUGUUAUGAACUUUAAAGUU